AUGGAUGUUGUAACUUUUAUAGUUGGAAAAGUAGCAGAUUACAUGGUGGUUCCUAUUGGACGUCAAGUUGGUUAUUUGAUAUUCUACAACAGGAAUUUGAAGAAGUUAGAUGACAAAAUUAAGGACCUUAAUGAUGCAAGAGAAAGAAUAAUUCAUUCAGUGGAAGUAGAAAGGAGAUGUGGUAAAAAAAUUGAAACGAAUGUGGUGAAUUGGUUAAAGAAAGUGGAGGAAAUAAUUGAAAAUGCAAAUCGACUUCAAGAAGAGUCUCUUCAUGCAAAUGUCAAGUGCUCGAAUUUUAUUUUGCGUCAACAACUAAGUAAGAAAGCCACAAAGAUUACAAAUGUUGUUGAAGUACAAGAAAAAGUGAAGUUUGAUAGCAUUGGGUACCUUCCCGAAAUCGAAGAUGAAGUUUCUGAAACAAGAGAUGGUGAAAAUUAUGAGUCAAGAGAGUUAUUUAAGGAGAAGGUUAAGAAGGCUCUAAAAGACUCUAACUCUAGCAACAUUGGAGUGUAUGGGCUAUGUGGUGUGGGUAAGAGCACUAUGGUGGAAAAUGUUUAUCACAUAGCCAAACAACACAAAUUGUUCGACGUAGUUGUUAAAACAAGUGUAUCAAAUAAUCCAGACAUCAAAAAAAUUCAAGGGGAGAUUGCUUACGUGUUGGGUUUGCAGUUUGAUGUGGAGCCUAUUUCUUGUAGAGCACAACGUCUAAGACAAAGAAUCAAGAUGGAGAAAAAUAUGCUUAUCAUUAUAGAUGAUGUAUGUAGCAAACUUGAUUUGAAGCAAGUGGGAAUUCCAUCAUAUAAUGAAAAUAAUGGUCGCAAAGUGGGAAAUCCAUCAUGUAAUGAACAUAAUGGUUGUAAAAUGGGAAUUUCAUCAUGUAAUGAAUAUAAUGGUUGUAAAUUGCUUAUAACUUCUAGAAAUCAAGAUGUGUUGUGCCAAAUGGAUGUUCCAAAGGAUUUCACUUUUAGACUUGAACCUCUAAGUGCAAAAGAGGCUUGGAGUUUAUUUCAAAUUAAGGUAGGGGUUGUGUGUAAAGAUGUGAAUUUGAAAGAUGUACCAUUUCAAAUUUCGCAAAAGUGUGGAGGUUUGCCUCUUAACCUAGUGACGGUAGCGAGUGCAUUGAGAUAUAAGAGUGAUGUACAUUCUUGGAAAGAUGCAUUAAGACAAUUACAAAGUUAUGAUUUUGGGGACGCAUUAACUUGUUCUGCUUUGGAGUUGAGUUACGAGUCAUUGGAGAGUGAAGAAAUGAAAGAAACGUUCUUGCUUUUUGCUUUAAUGAUAGGUGUUGAUGUAGAGAAAUUUUUGAAUUUCGUAAUAAGUUUAAACAUAUUCAAGAGUAUUAAUACCAUUGAUGAUGCAAGACACAGAAUUUACAAAAUUAUAGAAACUUUGAAGGAGAAUUGUCUAUUGCUUGAAAGUAGUAGUAAAACAAGUGGAGGAAAGAUCGAAAUGCAUGAUUUUGUUCGUGAUGUUGCUAUCCGCAUAGCACGUAGGGAUAAACAUGUAUUUCUAAGAAAAUCCCCGGAUGAAGCAAAAUGGCCAACACAUGAUACAUUAAAAAGGUGUUCACAAAUAUUCUUAUAUGGGUGUCAUACUCACGAGCUUCCUCAAACUGUAGAUGCUCCGAACCUUAAGCUUUUCUUUUUAAAUAGUAGAGAUCGUUCUAUAGAAAUACCAGAAACCUUUUUUAAGGGGAUGACAAGCCUUAAAGUCCUAAGUUUAACAUGCUUCAACUUCUCUUCAUUGCCCAUUUCAUUUCGGUCCCUAACCAACCUUCACACUUUAAUUUUGGAUUUUUGCAUUUUGGAAAACACGGAUGCAAUAGAAGCUCUGAAGUAUACAGUUAAAUUAUUGCGUUAG